AUGGAUAUCGCCUAUGAUCACAUUCAGGAGGAGGCCUUCUCUAACAAAGAAGGUCCUCCAUCGGAAGCGAAACCUCAAGAAUCCAACCUCAAUGACGAUCUACAGGAGACCUUCCGUGCUUUCUCCGCCAGCCCGUGGGGCUCCCGAAUCGGAGGACUCUGGGACAAUGUGCGCAAGCAGGGAGAGACAUACUACGAAGGAGCUCGUCAGGAAUAUGCAGCCGCUAGCGAAGAAGCCGUAAAGGGCUUCUCAGACCUGAAGGAAACACUCGCCGAUCGAACAAAGGGGCUUUCCCUGAGCACCGUUGCUCUGGCAAGCAGUGGCGAAGGGUCCAGUGACGAGACCGCCACACCCAAGGCCUCUACAGAGCAGGGCUCUCUGGAAAAGGGAGAGCCAUCGGAGAAGGAAGAAGGCGCUGGCGCUGGCGGAGAGAGCUUCAUCUCCCGGUUGAAGGCGGAAGCCGCCCGGCGACUGAAGGAAAUCGAGAAGGCCGAAGAGGCCGCGGACGAAGCCAUCAUGCGAUUCGGAAUGAACAUCAGCCAGAAGCUGCGCGAGGCCGUCAGCAUCGUACCCCCCGAGACCGACGAGACCGGCAAGCUUCUCUUCGAGAGCAAGGAUGCCGAAGGCAAGCGCGUCAUUCAUGCCACACGAUUCGAGGCCCAGCUACACGUUAUUCACUCGAACCUCGAAAGCUUUACCAAAGACCCAGUCAGCGACGAAUGGCCCGUCUUCAGCAAGGAGUUCAACGUCGAGAGCAAGACGGAUGAGAUCGCCGCCGAUCUAGAGAAAUACCCCGAGCUGCGCUCAGCUAUGGAAAAGCUCGUUCCGGAGCAGGUGGAAUACGCGCAAUUCUGGACCCGCUACUACUUCCUGCGUCUCGUCGUGGAAACCGAAGAGAAGAAGCGCAAGGAGCUCCUGAAGGGCGCCAAUGCCGAAGAUGAGGAAGAGGUUGGUUGGGACGAUGACUCUGACUCUGAAUCUCAAUCUCCCUCUACUCCCCAGGUUCGACCUGGCAACCAGACCCUUGCUCCCACAGAGACCCCCAAGGCCGAGCCUCGCCGUUCAAAUGACCAGCAGUCCCAGGCAGACAGCGAAUCCAGCUACGAUGUUGUGAGCGGUGCUGCGAGCAAGACACCCGGAAGUCCAAAGGAGAAGGAAGCUGCCACCAAAGCCGAAGACAGUGACGAGGACUGGGAGUAG